AGGGACCGCCCACCGCCCGCCUGGUCGCCCGCAGAUGUCGCUGCCCCUCCGGCUGCCCCACUGCUAUCCGGCACGACCACAGCGCGCCGUCCUUCUGUUCCCUUACUUCCGCGCCCCGGUCACGCCCCCGCCGUCUCCUGCCUACCUCCCCGGCAUCGACCCGGUGCACAAAGGCGGCGCCCCGGAGGACUGCUCGGAGGAAGAGGAGGCCUGGAUCUACGCCAUAGGCUACCCCGGUCGCGGCCUGAAUGGCGAUGCCUGCGCCAGCCCCCAGGGCCGAGAGUCUCCAGGCCUGCCUCGCGCCCGCCACGCCCCCAGGUCCCUAUCUCCGCCCGCCGAGGCCCCUUCUACUGUCCGACCUGCGGAGGCUUGGAUCUACGCCAUAGGCUACCCCGGUCGCGGCCUGAAUGGCGAUGCCUGCGCCAGCCCCCAGGGCCGAGAGUCUCCAGGCCUGCCUCGCGCCCGCCACGCCCCCAGGUCCCUAUCUCCGCCCGCCGAGGCCCCUUCUACUGUCCGACCUGCGGAGUCCAGGCGCCACGCUCGACGCCCCCAGCUCACCCGCCCAGCGUUCCUGGGCUGCCACCCAUCCACCCCGCACGGCUUCCGGCGAGCCCUGGAUGGCCAGCCCGGCGCUUCUGGAACACCCGCCGCUGGAGGAAAAGAGCCAGGGCCAAGUGUAAAUGGCCAGAUGGCAUGGGGCGUGAGGAGGGUCGAGAAGGCGACCUUGCAGCUCCCUGUUCCCUCAACUUUGACCCGCUGCGUCGCCGGCCACAGUGCGCGACAGAAGAAGAGUGAGGGGCCUGCCAAGCCAUUCUGCUCCUCAUCAGGAAAAUAUCAGGGAAACUGCAGCAAAGUUUCCCUGAACACCAAAGGAUUGGAAAAGCCUAGAUGAAUCGUGGAGAGCCCACAUCAAAGAACCUUAAAGAAAUAGAACUCUCCCCCCACCCAACCCAUAUACACAUACCUCCCUUUCUGUCUGAAAAAAGAAAGGGACCAAGUGAAAUAAUACAGUGGAGUGAUAAAUUAGAGGCACCGUGAGCUCUGUGGCCAUGAGUUUUCUCCCUUACCUGAUUAGAGGUGGACUUCAGAGGCCAGGCCCAGUAAGUAUGCUAAGUGGCAGGGCCAUACUCCUGUAAUGGACCUGGUAUCAAGAGGUGCCAAACUACAACCAGCAGCACUGCUCUGCUCAGUGAGCUGUUCCAUAGGCAUCAAAUACAGUCUGUUGACUUAAGCAGGAUUUCAUAUAGCCCCUCUCCACCCACCAACAACAGGCCUCUGGCCCAUGGCUAUUCACCCCCUUAUUGAUAAUUAGUGAUUGCUUAGGGCACCCCUUUUCAUCUUUACACCUCUGAGGAUCAGCAGGUCAUAACUAGGUAAGUUGGGUUGUAGGUAAUUUCCAUAGAAAUGAAAACUUCCUAAAGGGUCUAAUGUGGAUCUCUUUGAAGCAGAAAGGCUGUCAGCUUGCCUUUGCCUAAGACAAUGACAAAAAUGCUUAGCAACUCAGAAUUGGAAGGCGCCGAGUCCUGAUUCUGACUUUAUCGGUUGUAUCUGUCCAUCCAGUCACUCUGUUUACUUUUUCAUCUGUAAAAUGGUAAUACCCAGCUCAGGAGACAAAGAGAAAAGUACCUGUGCUAGGGCUCAGAGGAGAAGAGAUGCUCUGACGCUCUGUUGAUAAAAGGUGUCCAAUAAAAUGUCAUGCUUAUUUUAGGAAACGGGGAGCCCCCAUGUAAAGGCACUUGUGAUCUGUAAGUUAUGAAUUCAUUGCUGAUGCCGCAAUAAGCCCAAAGUAGAGAUUAAUACAAUUGUAGGCGAUUUUUUUUUGAGAGAUUUUUGCUCUAGAGUACAUGCACUUGUUAGAAAGACA